ACUCUCUUCCCACAAUGCAGCAUGCGCUCGAUCCUACACAAGGAGGGGCAUGGAUUGAGUCGCCAUACUUGCGGUCACUUAUAGCAGGCGGCCUAGCAGGAACAACCGUGGACCUAUCUCUCUACCCGCUCGAUACACUCAAAACUCGUCUCCAAUCCAGCGCCGGAUUCGCCGCCAGCGGAGGCUUCAAUGGCAUCUAUCGUGGCGUAGGCAGCGCAAUCGUGGGCUCCGCGCCCGGCGCCGCCCUCUUCUUCAUAACGUACGACUCGAUAAAACGGUCCUUUGCCCAACCCAAGGUUGCAAUUCAAUAUAAUGCCGAGGGGAAAUUGUACAAAGAGGAAGUCAGGGAUAGCGGGAGCGAGGCUGUGGUGCACAUGUUAGCAGCGAGUUUGGGUGAGGUGGCGGCGUGUGCUGUGAGAGUGCCGACAGAGGUUAUAAAGCAGCGUGCGCAAGCAUCGCAGCAUCCAUCUUCGCUAUCGGCUCUGACGCAUAUCCUGAAUCAGCGGCAUGCUCGUGGUUUGGCGCAUGUAUGGAUGGAGUUGUACCGCGGCUGGUCGAUAACUAUUAUCCGCGAGGUACCGUUUACUGUUAUUCAGUUUCCACUCUGGGAAGCCCUCAAGAAAUAUAGGACUGCGCGAACGGGCCGCAGCGAGGUUACAGGCUUGGAGGGAGGUUUGUUGGGUAGUGUAGCUGGAGCCGUGGCAGCGGGUAUCACAACGCCGCUGGAUGUGCUCAAGACGCGAAUGAUGCUUGCGAGGGAGAAGCAACCCAUGUUCUCCAUGUUGUCGACCAUCAUGAAGGAGUCGGGUCCAAGGGCUUUCUUUGCUGGGCUGGGGCCAAGGGUAGGCUGGAUCAGCGUUGGCGGUGCUAUAUUCCUUGGGUCGUACCAGUGGGCUAGUAAUCUCCUCGGGGGUGUGGGAGAUGAAUGAGCAUCGGCUUAACCAUAUACGCUAGAUGAAUAUGAAGAAAAAGACUAUAUCAUCUAGGUCAUUCA